AUGGGUAUCAAACAUUCUGUCAUAGAUAUUGCCAAGGAUGCUAAAAAUAAUGCUCCAACUACAUACUAUGGGAAUGGUAUAAGCCUCACCAGGAAAGAUGAACCAGAGAUUAGAACGAGCUAUGGAAGGAAUGAAAAACAACCACUCCAGAAUUACAAACAAUACAGACAUAAACUUCCGGAAAGUGGUGGGUGGUCACCAACUAGUUACGAACUAAGGGCUGUAAACCAUGGAAAUAAUAAGCAGGAGGGAUUGGAGACGAAGGGUAAAUUUGAACGUUAUAGGGAGGUUUCUGUACUCUACUGGCUGUGUGAUGAGCAAAAUUCAUUUCCACUGAUCAUUGGUCUUGGUGAAGGUAAACCAAUCUAUUUUAAACGAGAAAAUGAGACUACUAACGAAUGGGAAUAUUCCAAUAUUGUACCUCCAGCUAAUUUAUCAGACUACCAGAGGGUGUUGAACCAACUCAAUGAGAAUUUCAAAAAUGUAGUUAUAGUCAACCUCAAUGCCGAUAAAGAUAAGAAGUACUGUGGCCAUCCUUCUUUGAACUGCUUCAAGAGUCCUACGGAGAGUUCUGAUAGCAAUUGUUCUCAUAAUGGAACUACAUUCGUUAUCGUCACAGUUUCAGAUUGUAUAGAUACUAAGAUUCCUAGUGGUUUUAAAUGUCUUAAGCACUCUCCCUCUGGAAACAAGAUGAGAGUUUUAGGAACAUACCAUGGCAACUCUAUGAUUUCAUUUAAGGAGUCAGUUGUAGCCACAGAAUAUAGAUAUGUAAACGCUUACUAUGUGGCAGGACAUAUUAAUGCUAAGCCUUUGUUAUUAGAACUGUCAAAUGGAGUGGAUCAGGGAACAUCAAUGCUUUGUACUCUUACAAAUAAUAAAUGGGUGCCUUCAAACUUAUCCAAAAAUGAUCUUACUCAGGUACUUGAUCAGGAGAAUUGUCUGCGAAACAGCAUUGUUAUGGCUAAUGUGUCCAAUGAUGAAACAUAUUUCUGUAAGUGCGGGAACAACCAUAGGGAGAUUCAUGUUAAAAAACACAAUGAAAAUCUACCAGUUGGGUCUGAAUUGUAUGAACAUACCCUUGAAAGUACAGGAGGUAGAGAAACUCCAGAACCCUCUUUUAAUGGUCAUAGGCUUAUGGAUGACAUUAAAGAUGUUACAUUGCCCGAAAGUCCAGUGACAGAUGUAAAGAAAAUAUACGUCUACCUCUGUAAAAGUAACACAAAUAUGCAGUUGCUAAUUUAUAUGGACAAUGGAUCAGAGCCUGGAAAAUGGUUGGAAAAGAUUUAUGGAGGCAAUACAUGGACAGAAGCUAACUCUGUUUCUUUGUCUGGAGCAAAACCAACUGAUAGCAGUUCCAAGGAGAAGAUUGGGAAAGGACUUCAUGAAGUUUGCAAGAAACUUAAAACUGGUGGAUGUGGAUAUGCAAAUAGUGCUACUACCUCUACUACUGUACAUGGAUCCUCUCAAAGUGGUGGAAGCUCCCGUAGUACAGACAGAGAUGAAGGAUCAAAUUCAAGUGAUGAAAACUCUUCUAGUAACACUCUUCCAUCUUCAUCUCAACCAGGUGCUAGGGGACCUAAUGAACCUGAUCGAAGAGAAACUGGUGCUAAUGGUAUAGAUGACAGAGAUGGUGAAGGCGCUCUCUACUACUGCUGGAGUAAGAAGCUCUGUAGUGAAGCUCAAGAUAAAUCCAAAGUUGCUUCUGGAGGAGCUUCUGAUUCUACAGAUAAAAAGGACCCUUUUCAGAAGGUAAUUGAGUUCAUCAAUGAUCACCAUAAUGAAAUAGCACCAUCAGUUGGUGGAGUAUUAGGAACUGGUAUUCUAGGUCUUGCUGUAUGGAAGGCCCCUGCUAUAUUUAGCAGGGUACUUGCAAUCUGCAUUACUUCUGUAUAA